AUGGGGUCAGAGCAUCCAGAAGCAUGCGGAGGCCUAAGAAUAGAGGCUGAUGGAGGGUUUCAUUGGGAGAAAGGCAGUAUUUCCGUCCCACCUGUGCGGUACAUCACGGUCGCCGCCGCGGUGAAUGAGAGGAGGGCUGUGUUGAUGAAUUUGAGCCGGUGUGUGAGGAGGUCAUCGCCGAGACACCCAGAGCGAUUAGGAGCCGUGUCCCCGAUACAUCAGGGACAAUCUGUGCUUUUCAUCAUCGCUUUUCAGCCGUACGCUUUCCUCUGUCUUUACGGCUCACUGGGACCGGCCUGUCGGACGCGUCGCUGUUUGGGACAGUGCUGCCGAACAAGGUCAUAA